AGAUUUUCACACACAUUAUCUAGCACGGUGGCUAACUGAUCUGUCGUGAUUGUCUAGACAGCUAAGUGGAUAGAAACUUUUAACCUAAAAAAGAGCUUUUAAUUCUUGGAUAACCGGCGCACAAUGUGGGGGCAAGGAAAAGGUGGAGAUGAAGGAGGAUUUGGGGGUGUGGUAGAGAAAAAUGAGUUGAAUAGCCCUUGCACUGCGUGAUUGACGUGAAAACAUGUUCAAACGUGACGAGUACUGCGUGACGAGUGGUUGUGAAGUAAACAGAAAUCUCGAGAAGCUUAUAUUCCACCGUAGGUGGUUGUAAAUGACACAAAUUAAACAAGGAAACCCCGACGGUUGCAACGUUUAAUUGCUGUGUACUGAGCCAAAGGGGUGUUGUGCGAGGGUAAUAAAACCAUGAUACAUACUGAGAUAACUUACGAGUAGGUGAGAUUACCUAUUUCUACGCUGAACAUUUCUGAACUCACGUGUGUGAAGGUCGAGACUGUAAGCAUUCAUUUUGACCAUAGUGAGUUUAUAUAAAUCCAAAAUGGCAUAGAAUGGGACUAUCAAAGCCUAGCAUGUAGUGUUGGUUCACGUUGAACUGUAGCCAAACUGACAACCGUCAACACCCACAGAGAUCCGUAUCGCGUUUCAUUCAAAUUCUCCCAAUCAGAACAAUAAUUAAGACUCAAAGUGGUGAAGAGAAAUUCUGUGUUUAAAGAAGUAACUCGAGACAGCGAAGGUCACGGUAUUCCUGGUGUAAGGAGCAAUACCUUGUCAUCAUUGGUUGAUUUGGCAAAAGUGUGCCGAUGAUCGCGAAAACUAGUUUUGUUUUAAGGUUAACUUCAUACAAAGUUAAGCAAGGUCACGUCAACGUCACUCAAACGAAAACAUAGUUGUCUUGAAGUUCCAUCGCGCAGUUCUCGUGAGUGUGUAAAAUGGCAAGCCGUGAAAAUCUACCAGAUAUCCUUAACGAAUUCUUCAAAGCGAUAGAUGAGAUGAAUAACACAGUAUUGGUGCCCCAUCGACUUGUGGACAUCCCGGAGGAGAAUGAGCUUCCAUCUGGAAAGUGCCAAUGCUCGACAUCGACUGAUAAUUCUAUGGUAAAGCCUGGAAAAGAAUUGGAGGACUCGGGGCUAUUCGGAACUUAUCACAUGCUUCUAGAUAUCAAGGAAGAAUUGACGACAGGAAAGCCCACGUCGGCUGAGGGAUGCUUCCGUUUGCACAUCAAAGCCGUAAUGGAGAGCAUGAAAUAUCUAACAUGGCUCGCAAAAUCCCUGACCCAAAAUUAUUGUGACGAAGUCUACAGAGGUGGCGAAGACAACUGCUUGCGGCCGAACAGUUUUUCAUAUGGUGCGUUAGAAGAUCUACGCAAGCACAAUGGCAUAAGCCCAGGGCAGCAAGCCAAGGAGCCGACUCAAUUAGGACAGAAAGGAAGACAAAGGUUUUCUUCGAUGUGAAGUUUUUACCAAUUUGACAUAUAUUACAUGAACGAUCGUUUAAGUGGAGUCAUAAAAUAUGGCGAAAGGAGCUCCCAUUGUCUUUUGAGACAAAAUGUAGUACAAACCACGAUGUCAUGUUUCGUUGUCUCGUAAUCAGAGCUGGCAAAAGACACGUUCCACUAAGUAUACCUAGGUCUAAAACAGGAGAAUAAAACAUUUUUCCCAAGGUUUCGCCAUGUUACUUUGGCUUUCAUUUCACCGCCCGUAGGCAUAGAAUGUUUGGUAACGUAACCUUAUCAAUGAUAAAUACAUGGCCUGUAUUUACAUCGGGUCUAAGACAUGUGGAGAACCUAGUCUGUGAAUACAAGUUGCGUAUUAUUUAUUUAUAAGUACAGAUCGUAAACGUGUUUGAAAAUCGGAAUCUAGGAUACUCAUACUGGUAAAAGUUCAAUAUAGUGUAAAAUCCUGUUGGCGAUCAUCAAAUAAAUUUCCUGCAAAACUUGUUUUG